GUUGCUUGCGAAAGAAAAAAGCAAAACGCGCUUGCGUUGCCGGUUACAUCGUCUGAAAAAUAUUUGAUGCAUCGAAGCAAAACAUCGAUAUUUUCGAUGCUUUUCCGACAUCUCUAUUAACAGCUGAUCAGCAAUUGUUUGCCCCACGCUUUGUUUACAUGUACAUAUUUACGACGCGUGAUUUGGCUAACAUUUUGCAACUUUUUCAAUACUUAUUAGUAGACUUCUUUCUAAAAACCAAGAAAAUUAAAUUAUGGAAAAACGGGAAGUUGCAUUACGCGAGGCUUUGACCCGGAAUGAGGAAGAAACGGCGCGAUGGAAAAGUUACAAGGAAGAAAACAUUACAGCUAUUGAAAAUCUAGACAAAUUUCGUAAUUACCUCACUGUAGAUGUAAUGGUUCCAAUAGGACAAAAAGCUUAUAUGCCGGGCCAACUUGUUCAUACAAAUGAAGUGCUCGUAGGACAUUAUCAAGGAUAUUUUUCCAAGUGCUCUGCGCAAAAGGCAAAAGAAAUAUGUGAGUACAGGGUUAAUAUGGCAACCGAACACUUGGAAAAGCUUAAUACGGAAUCUGAUUUAUGGCAAAAUAAAUUACAGAAACCUUACGCAGAAGGUGUAUUUCCAAGCACGGACGCCUGCGAAAUUAUAGAAGAAUAUAACGAAGAAAAAGAAAAAAUAUGGAGAGAUAAACAUAAACUUCUUGUGAAAGAAGCUAAGGCGCGGGAAAAAGAAGACCGAGGGAAGAAGGAUGCGAACGGUGCUGGAUCAGGUAAAAAUUCAGACUUAUUGGAAAAUGAAAUAUUUAAAAUGUUAGAAGAAGCUGAACUGAUGGAAGAACUAGAAAACGAAUUAGAGAGUUUGGAAAUUAAUGAUAUCAGUGACGAAACUAUAAAAAAGCUAAUGGCCGGAGAUAUGAAACUGGCGCCAGAAAAACAACGGGUAGCUUACGCUCCAAAUAUGGAUCAAUCGAAAAUGAAAUCCAGUCGAAUUGUGAACAAAAGCACUCACGAUGUUGGAAUAGAGCUUCAGGGUAUUGUAAAAAAAACUGAUUUGGAACCAAUUUUAAUGCAUACAAAUAAUAACCACCACCCGAAUCCAGAGCUAUCACAAUCAAACAACACUUACAGAAAUGAAUCAGAGGUUGAUAUAGAGGAAUUACCUCGGGAAGUACAAAUUAUUAAUGAACAGGCAAAAUUUUUGCAAGUGGCAGAUCAAAUCGGUUUUUAUGAAUUUCAAAUAAAAAUUAUGCGCCAAAAGCUGUUAACAUUGCCGCUUAAAACGCAGGAUGAUAUCGAUCAGAAAGUGCAUAUAUUAAACGUUAUAGAAGCAUUAGAGGAAUCGCUCGAAAUUACUGAAGACUCCGCUGAAGCUCAGGAGGAAGAAAUUAUUCGAAGUGACAGAGAAGGUGUUUCCGAAGAAGUAUCCGACGUGGAAGCGAAAACAAAGGAAAGUGAUUACCAUAAAAAAGAAAAACAGAAAAAACGGCGAAUUUCUUUUGCUUUACAAAACGAAACACUAGAAUUCCGUAGAAAUGAAACAGUUUCCGAAAUGUUACCUAAAACGCAGCCAAGAGAACGAGAUGUAGUACUACUUGAUGAACCUGUGCCAAACUUAUGCACCAACGUAGCUGCUUCGUGGGUUAAUGUUGACGAUCGUAAACAAAAUAUUAUCGAUAGAGUAGAGCAGAAUUUAAAGUUCAUCGAAGAAACCCAAAGUACUCAGGAUUUCCAGUUAGUUGAUAAAAUAUUAGAGAACUCUCUAGGCGGAUGUUACACUUUACGUAUAAAUUUCCAGCACUCAUUAAUGCCUGGAAUGGAAGCGAGUAAGAAUAAUGACUGUUCCGAAAGUGAAGCGGUUCCCGGCUCGCCGUCUGACUUGUAUCAAGCAUAUCGAAAAAAUAUAGGAAAUCCCGUCGCGCACAAAAGCAAAUCAAACGCAGAUCAAAUAAUUUUCACAAAUGCCUAUAAUGGAGAGGAUAAAGUCAAAGUGCCUCUGUUAAAAGAAAUUGAUCGAUCAAAGGCCUAUGUGGAUCAGCGGAAAGAGUUCUGCAAACCUAUGGCAGAAACGAAAUCGAUUUUGCGAAAUAAAUCUGCGGUUGAAAAGGAACAUAAUUUGGACCGUAAAAAAGAGCCAAAAAAGAAAAAGGCAGCAGCAUUCGAUGAGGGGGAAUAUAUGAGUGCUUAUUACAAGGUGAUGAAUGAAGUUUUUGAAAAGCCUCUAACUGAACCAGAACCUCUCCCUGACUGUAAAUAUAUCGAUGCACAUGCACCUAAAAAACGUGUUAGCCGUUUCAAAAAAAGUCGAGUAAUAACUGAAACUGCUUAACAGUUUCUUUAAGUAAUAAAUAAGUUCAAUUACAGGAAAAUAUAUUAUAAGUAUUAUAAAACAAAUACAUCUUCCACAAGAUUUGUAAUUGGGUUCGCCUUACUGUUUAUUAAUUUAAAAUUGCUUUCAAGUUAGUUUUCAACAGUUUAUGCCUGCAAUUAUAUACUUAUAUAAAUGUGUGCACACGUAUUCAUAAUUUAAAAGCUUUAUAAGCGUACUUACUAUAUGGGUGAAAACAGAAUAAAGUUAAAAUUUACUCAGAAUUCAAGUGAAAAAGUUCAAAUAAA